AUGGCCGACCCCCGUGUUGAAGAGCUCCCCGAUGAGGAGGUUCCCAAGAACGUCGAAAGCGACUCCGAAUCCGAGGCUGGCGAUGAGCCCGUCAUUCCCGGCGGUGCUGCUGUCACCAUCCACUCCCGUAACGAGAAGAAGGCUCGCAAGGCCAUCGCCAAGCUCGGCCUGAAGCACGUUCCCGGCAUCACCCGUGUCACUCUCCCCCGCCCCAAGAACAUCCUCUUCGUUGUCAACCAGCCCGAUGUCUACCGCUCUCCCUCCAGCAACACCUGGAUCAUCUUCGGUGAGGCCAAGAUUGAGGACCUGAACGCUCAGGCCCAGGCUUCCGCCGCUCAGCAGCUCGCUGCCGCUGAGGCCAGUGGUGAGCACGCCGGUCACGACCACGAUCACGACCACGACCACGGCAAGGGCAAGGCCCCCGAGACCGAGGCCAAGAAGGAGGAGGAGGAAGAGGAUGACGGUGAGGAGGUUGACGAGUCUGGUCUUGAGGCCAAGGAUAUCGAAUUGGUCAUGGCCCAGGCCAGCGUUUCCCGGAAGAAGGCCGUCAAGGCUCUGCGGGAGAACGAUAACGAUAUCGUCAACUCCAUCAUGGCCCUCAGCAUAUAA